AUGUGGGCGCGCGCGGUGCUGGCGGGAGCGGCGCUACUGGCCGCCGCGUGCGCGCGCGCCUGGCCCGGCGGAGCGGUGUGCGCGCGGCGGGUGGCGGCGGGCGGCGAGCGCUACGCGGCCUUCCUGAGCGCAGGGCCGGGGCCGCCCGCGUUGGUGGAGGGCGCGUGGGGCGGGCGCGGAAAGCUGCGGGGCUGCUGGGCGCGGCGGGACCCCCGCGAGAUCCGCGCUUUCCUCGCCGCCUGCGCCCGCCGCCCGUCCGCCGCUCCCGCGCCCGCGCUGCGCCGGGACGUGGCCGCGCUGUGGAGGCGGCGGGCGGCGUGCGCCGAGCCAUCGCAGCACCGCGGGAACCGCAGGCGGAGGAGGGGUUGGACUGUGCCGGGGACGCUGUGGUGCGGGGCCGGGGAUUCGGCCGGGAACUCCUCCGAGCUGGGUCUGUUCCGCGGCCCCGACCGCUGCUGCCGGGAGCACGAUCGGUGCGGGACGCAGAUCGAGGCGCUGCAGUUCGGCUUCGGCAUCCGCAACUACCGCCCGCACACCGUCAGCCACUGCGACUGCGACGCCGCGUUCCGCCGCUGCCUGCGGGCCCUCAACGACACCGUCUCCGACCUCAUCGGAGUCACCUUCUUCGACCUCCUGGAGGUGCCGUGCUUCGUGCUGCGGAGCGCCGAGCAGUGCGUGCGCUGGCACUGGUGGGGCGGCUGCGAGCGGUACGCGGUGGUGCCGGUGGCCACGAUGGUGCGGCAGAGCCCCUACGGCACCGCGGCCGCUGCGGCCGUCGGGAACUCCGCGUGCGACGAGCAGCCCGGCGCCGUCGGAGAGGCGGAGCGGUGUGAGACCGGCCCGGGGAGCGCUGCGGGAAGACGGAGGGGGCUGGGGAGGCUGUGCAGAGCCUAUCGGCACCUGGAUCGCUGCGAGCACCGCAUCGCGCCCCGCGAGACGAAGUACGGGCUGCGGAACGGCGGUACGCGGACGCUCUUCCACUGCAACUGCACCCGCAGAAUGGUGAGGUCCCUGCGCAGGGCGAAGGGCCCCGGGGGCGCGGAGCCGCCGCUCCUGGCGGAGCGCAUCGCCGCGCGCUGCUUCGUGUUGGAACCGCAGGCCGAGUGCGGAGCGGAGCGCCGGAGCGGCUGUGACGCCGCGGUCCGGGCCGUGCUGGUACCCGCACGGCAUCUGAGGACCACGCUGCGGCGCCGCGGUGCUGAACGUCGGGAGUGGAACGAGCAGGAGAGCGGCGGUGAUGCUCUGUACGAACGGUGCCGGCGGGUGGCCCUGGAGCAGGGGAUGGGAGCCCCGCAGCACCCCGCGCCCCGCUGAGCCCCAGCGGAUGGGCUGUACCGUGCGUGGGGAGGAGCUGCGCUGCGGGGCGGAGCUGCUCAAUGUCGGGUCCUUGAGAGAAAGGAUGGCACCGAGAGUGGCUGCUGGCGUGACUGCGUGGGGCAGGAAAGGGGUGGAGGAGGCUCAGCUGCCAUCCCUAGGAGCCGCGGCUGCCACCACAGCAAAGGGAAAGGAGAGGGGGCAGGAAAAAGCGACCGCCCCUGAAGGAUGCUGCGGGCAUGGGAGCCCCGGGCAGGACGGUGCCAGGACCCCCAGCCCCGGUUUUGCCCCUGCAGCAGGGGGGUUGGGGCGAGUCAGGUUCCACCCCGAGCUCUAGAGGUGAGAGCACAGUGCCGUGCCUCGGAAGGGUCAGUGCCUGCGUGUGGCACAAGGCAAAUAAAGGGCAGAGUGACACGG